AUCCGCUCUAGUGGCACCCCCUCCCUCCCUGUUGAAUUUCAGAGGGAGCGAUCUCGGCAGAUGAGUUGGCAGGGGAAAGCGCCUCUCUCGCUCUCUCCCUGCGCCCGGACCACCUGUGUGAAUGCCACCUGCUGGACGGCCGAGCUGCCUCCUUCCCUGCCUGCCUGCCUGCCAGCCACGCCCCUCCUCCCUCCCCCGCCCCGUCCAGCAGAUUCCCUCACCAGUGGCUUGUCAACCCUCCUCUUCGCAGAUCCCUUCCCGCAGGACUGGCGACUUGGAAAGAUUCACUUGUGCCGACGCUCGGAGGGAGCCCGGACGGCUGGGGCUUGCCUGCGGAGGAGGGUGAGAGGCCUGGGGAAAAAGCAGCAGGAGGCCGCCUCUGCCCCCAUCCUAAGCGGCACCAUGCCCAGGUCCUUCCUGGUGAAGAGCAAGAAGGCUCACAGCUACCACCAGCCCCGCGCCCCCGACGGGGAGUACAGCCUCAGCCUGGAAAGCGUCCUGGCUCAGAUCUGUGCAGACACUAAGGUUACGGGGGAGAUGAAUCUGGGCCUGUCUGAACCGAAGCCCCCCCCGGGCCGCUUCUCCCCGGAAUCUCAGCUGCCCGACGGGGCGGACGGGGCCUCUGAGUCAGCUCCCAGCUGCGAAGGCAGCGUGUGCGAUAGAGCCGCAGAGCUGGAGGAUUUCUGGAGACCGCCCUCUCCCUCGGCUUCGCCAGCUUCUGAGCGCUCCAUCUGCCCCUCCUUAGAUGAGCCUUCCCCCUUCUCGGUGCCCUUGAAACCCUAUACAUGGAGUAGCCUUGGAAAUUCUGAGCUGAGACAUUUGGUACAGAGCUACAGGCCAUGCCCAGCUCUGGAACAUAGCUCAUCUCUUGGUCUCUUCUGUGAGCGGGGAUCUGAGUCCACUCUCUAUGGAUCACAGCGCAGCUCAGCACUGGGACUCUAUGGUGACUUUGGCUCUCCUGGACUCUUUGAGCGACCAGCAGCAACCCCUGGAAUCUAUGUGGAGGCCCCACCUGGACUCCAACAGGACAAGAGUGCAAAUGGCAUCAAAUUGGAAUCGGAGCUCCUCUGUCGCCCCCUGUUGAUCAGCACUGGUUCCUACAAGUGUGUCAAAUGCAGCAAGGUCUUCUCCACUUCACAUGGCCUGGAGGUGCACGUUCGCCGUUCACACAGUGGCACCAGACCCUUUGCUUGUGAAAUAUGUGGCAAGACAUUUGGCCAUGCAGUUAGCUUGGAGCAGCAUAAAGCCGUGCACUCACAGGAGCGCAGCUUUGACUGUAAGAUCUGUGGCAAGAGCUUCAAGAGGUCCUCCACCUUAUCCACUCACCUUCUCAUCCACUCAGACACCCGGCCAUAUCCUUGUCAGUACUGUGGGAAGAGAUUCCACCAGAAAUCCGACAUGAAGAAGCACACUUUCAUCCACACAGGUGAGAAGCCCCACAAGUGUCAGGUGUGUGGCAAAGCUUUCAGCCAGAGUUCCAACCUCAUCACCCAUAGUCGGAAGCACACGGGCUUCAAGCCCUUUGGCUGUGAUCUGUGUGGCAAAGGCUUCCAGAGAAAAGUGGAUUUGCGGAGACACCGGGAGACACAACAUGGUCUGAAAUGAGAGUCAUGCAGAAUCUGGGGGAGGGGGGAACCCAACAAAAAAACCCAAACACUAUGUCAACAGACUUCCUCUUCUUCCUGGUGAGCUGCCUUUUUCCUGCCCCUGCCUCUCUGGUAUGACCCUUCAGUCCAUUUCCUGCCAUAUUCUCACUAAAGAAGAAGUCAGUGCAGGCUGGCCACCAUUUUGCAGAAUUUCACCAAAAGGUCUUGGAAUGAAAAUGGGAUGCCAAGGCUGAAGGAAGGUGGGGUGGAGCCCCUUUUUCUCUGUGUUCUCUUCUUUUAAAAUUAAACACUGGGGGAAAAAACAUAUACACCCCACCACCUUGAAGCCCAAUGUCUUUGUAUAGAUAAGCUACUGGUGUCCAUGAACCAGAAAAUCCUUUUUAUUAAAAAAAGAAACCCACAAAUUUCCCAGUUACCCUCUACUUCUUGGGAAACGUAAACUACAUGAGUUUACACAGUAAACACACUGAACAGUUUGACAAAGGAGAGUGUGGCUAUAUUUGAUUUUGUAUCACUUAACAGUUACAACUGGUUUAAAUCAACUAUUUCCAUCUGGGAACUAAAGGCCUUGCCUUUUUCAGAGUGAAUGGAGCAAGUGGAGUUUAGGUUUGCUUCUGAUUUUUGAAUUUCCCUCUUCUCUUUAUAAUGCUGAAGUGGUCAGGCAUGGUGCUAAAUCGCGCAAAUGGCAAAGAAGGUCCCAGGAGGACCAUUGCCAAUAGCGUCAUUCAGUCUUGCGUUUGAUCAUUCACACAUUGCAACAUGUCUUUCUGACUCUGGCCAUUUUCUGUCUGCUUGCCUACAUUCUAAAGUCAGCCAAGGAAAUCUAAUAUCAGAAGCAAUAUUCUGGAUUUACUCACUCAGGCAUUAAUUAUUUGCCAAUUUCUAGCCUGAAGGGGACUCUUGGGCUUGGCAUGGAGAUAUGCACUGGGGUAGUCCUCUCAUUAUAGUGCCGCAAUGAUAAGAGAAGGUGUGAAGCUCUGUAAGGGCAUGGCAAAGCCUUCAGCCACAGCUGUGGCCUCAACUGCCACAGUUCACAAGUACAUUGGAUUCAAAUGGGCAUGGCAAUGAAUUAUGGACUUUUUGAACUUCUCUUUGACAACCAAUCAUUAAACCAGGAAUGGAGAGCCUGUGGCCCUCCAGAUGUUGCUGGCUUACAAUCCCAUCAUCCCUGGCCAUGGAUUGUCCUGGCUGGGGCUGAUGAGAGUGAGUCCAACCACAUUGGGAAGGCCACAGGUUCCAUGCUAUGUUAAAGCAUAGGGCUAAUCACUAGGGUGGAUUAAGUGAGUAGAACACUUCUCAGUCUUUGAUGGGAGUUGGGGAAAAAGAAGCUUAAUAGACUCCUCAAAAUUCUGUACUGCAGAAGAUCCUAUUUACCAACUUCCUAAGAUUGCUCCCAGUCAGCUGGUCCUAGACUCCAAGUUUAGGAGUGUUGGUUGGUAGCCUGGGCUCACCCAAGGCAUUUUUUUCAGCUGAGGGAAAGAACUCCUUGACUACCUCAGUCAAGCAUCAUAUAGACUUGAGUCCUGGCCUAAACCUGGUUGAGACUGCCUUAAUGAGUUGGAGGCCAGCAUUAAAUUGCUGAGCAGAUCCCAGCAUUUCCCAUGUGCUCCAUGCUCUGUUUCAUAAACAUGUCUUCUCCAAAUUUUAGCUUUCAUUGCACACUCAGGCCGUGUAUUAAACUUCAGGAGCCCCUUCAGUCCACGGAUUUACAAUUUUUAGGACAACCCGAUGCUCCUCCUAUCCAAGAGUUUCAAUUUAUCUAGUUAUGUCCAGGUUGUUAUGUGGCGCAUGCAUGGCUUUUACUUUGCAUCCAUUUGGAAGAGCUGGUAAGGAAGAGCAUUAUUACUAAAAACGGUUAGGUUUGCCCAUGGGUCAAAAAAAUGGGAUAAGGACAGAUUUUCCUUCCUAAAUGUAAUUGGCAUUCUAUAAUUAGCUAACCAGUGGGUGAGAAAUCGCUGAGGAGCUCCUGAUACUCUGACAUGAAUAUUUGGGUUAUUUGUUCUCAAAUGGUUUUGUGCUUGGAAAAACCCAUAAAUUGGUAUAAGUGUGUUAAAAUAUGAAUUUGCCUUAACUAAGCCUGUGCAUACCUCAUGGGGGGGGAAUAAUCUGUUUUUACUUUAUAGAUAGGAUUGUAAAUGCCUUUAUUUAGAUUUUUCAGUGUGUCUUAUGUUCAUUGAUGCAUAUUUAUUGGAAUAAUGUUUUAAAUUAAUAAAGUA